GGAUAACAGAGCAACACGAAUUUCUUGAAGUACCACCACCACCACCACCUUCUCCGGUUGUCGGAUAUGCUUCUGUUGUGACACCUCUUGCUACACGUACAAAGUAUUUUUCCACUGGUCACUCUGCAUGCCUGCCGUUUCUUUUCUAACAGACAAACAUAAAAAGCUGAAGGAGUUAGCAGGAUUUUUACGUAUGAAUUGAUGGUUAUAAUGGGAAGAAUCAUAUUCCCAUCGUGCCCGCCUCUUGCUUUCUAGAGAGAUCAGUUUGGCAAUUGGGGUCAAGUAAAAAUGGAAGUACAUAACAAUAGCAGGAUGAACAAACUGUUUGGACAUUUGGCAAGUUUUAUGAGACGAUCCAUAUUUCGUGUUCUAUGCAACGGUCCCAUUCCCAGUCAUCUUUCCGUCAUAAUGGAUGGAAAUCGGAGGUUUACUAAGAAGGAGAACCUGAAGCCAGGGGCUGGUUAUAGGGCUGGGUUUUCAGCUCUUAUGUCCAUGCUUAAGUACUGCUAUGAGUUGGGGGUGAAGUAUGUAACCAUUUUUGCCUUUGGCAUUGAUAAUUUUAAAAGGCGAUCUGAUGAGGUUCAGGUUAUAAUGGAUCUAAUGCUGGAGAAGACUUUGGGGAUGCUCAAGGAAGAAAGCAUAGUCCAUCAGUAUGGUGUUAGAGUAUAUUUUAUUGGUAAUUUGAAGCUUCUAGAUGAGCCACUCAGGGUUGCAGCAGAAAAGGUUAUGAGGACUACCUCCAACAAUACGAAGUUUGUGCUUUUGAUUUGCGUAGCCUAUUCAUCAACUGAUGAGAUAGCCCAUGCUGUCCAAGAAUCUUGUCAAGAAAAAUGGAAAGAAAUUGAGCAUUCCAACUCUGAUAAAGUUUCCAAUGAUUUAGUUAAAGUAGAAGCUGGUAAGAACAUAAAUAAUGCUCGAGAAUUCUGCAAAGAGGAAGCAGAUGAACUCCAAGCAGGGAAAGCAAGUUCAGAAAGUGAUGGUGUGAAUAAAGGAACGGAAGAGAUUUGCAAUGAACAUAGUGUCACUGCGAAUGCUAUCCAAAGAUCAGGUUUUGGAGACAAAUGGGAUGAUGAAGGUCAACCGUUGUGGGAAACUAGAAGUGGCAACAGUGUCAGUGGCAAUCUAGAUGAAGAAAGGGAGAAGAUGCAAUCUAAUUCUAUCAUAAAGCAGGUAGAUCUCCAGAAGCACAUGUACAUGGCAGUAGCUCCUGACCCUGAUAUACUGAUCCGAACUGCGGGGGAGACCCGUCUGAGCAACUUCCUACUUUGGCAGGCUGGUGACUGCCCACUGUAUUCUCCGGAUGUACUGUGGCCAGAGUUUGGUCUACGACACUUGGUUUGGGCGGUCCUAAACUUCCAGCGGAGUUGUGCUUAUUCGGAGAAGAAAAAGAAGCAGCUGUAGCCUUUUCUUUCCUCAGGGUGUUUAUAAGAAUUAUGCAGCUUUACUCAUAUUCAUAAUGUGCCCUCGCAUCACAUGUGAGGGACAGUUGAGCAUAUACUUCUGAAAGCUUGGAACCACCAGCUUUGAUUUUCCUGCUAAUGUUCUGCAGCAGUCAACUUUAGAAAAAUAACGAUUUGUCAGUUCCCUUAAAAAUUGAUGAUUUGGCA